UGUGCGGUCUCUUCCCUGUGUGGGUCAAUUUUCUGUCUCACGUCCACAUGAACACGUGCAGAACACCGUCUGCAGCUGAUAGAAACUUAAAUGCAGUCGGGCUGAUGUGAGGUGGAGGUUCAGGCUCAGCACCUUCUUUUUUUAACCUCCCCCCUAUUUCUGCGCUCUCAUCCUUACAUCCCUCCCAGCGCCUGGAUCUCUACCUUUUCGCGCUCUCUCCCCUCGCACCUCUGACCGUUUCUCCUUGUUUUCCUUUUCAUGUUUUGGUAACAUUGCUAAUGUAAACUAUAUCAUACCAUAAUUCGGACAGAAGCAGAUUGGAGUCCCUUUUUUUUCUCGUCAACUUUUUUUUUCCGCUCCGAGGAUAACUUUUCUCCGGCUAUAGUCCAGCGCGCUGUUUGCUCAUCUCACUCAUCUUGAUUUUUUUUUUCUGACGCCCUACGGGCGGUAUUCACUCAUAUUGCCACUCAUACGUCAUGCCAGUGUAACACUUCACCAAUGUGGUUUAAUGCAGGAGGAAGGAUUCGCUGUCCGAUCUGUUAAAUUGCUCGAUUACCACCAGUCCUCUGCGCACGUCGACAGGAUUCCCAUCAACCUAAGUAGGAGCUGCCGGACAAGUCAAUGAAGGUGCUUCGAUGAAGUGACGCCUUCGUGCGACAGCGACACUUUCCUCCUUGUUUCCUCCUUUCCGGUCGGAUCAAGCGAAGCGGUGAAGAAACUUCCAGUCCAGUCCGUGAGACCGUGAUCGGGCUUCGGCCUCAGGUGCAUCUCUGAGGCGGAGCGACGCGGAGGUCCAGGUGUUGUGGAGGCAUGGACUGUAACUGCGUCAGUGAUCUGCUGCUCCCCCCGGUGCCCGCCCUCUGGACGCCAGGGAUCGCCUUCCCAGAGUGGGCCUACAAGCCCGAGUCGAGCCCCGGCUCCAGACAGAUCCAGCUGUGGCACUUCAUCCUAGAGCUCCUGCAGAAGGAAGAGUACCAAGGGGUGAUAGCCUGGCAGGGAGACUAUGGGGAGUUUGUCAUCAAGGACCCAGAUGAGGUGGCCCGACUGUGGGGUAUAAGGAAAUGCAAACCUCACAUGAAUUAUGACAAACUGAGCAGGGCUCUGAGGUAUUACUACAACAAGCGUAUUUUGCACAAAACCAAAGGGAAGCGUUUCACCUACAAGUUUAACUUCAGUAAGGUUGUGCUGGUGAACUACCCCAUCCUGGACAUGGCUAGCUCGCCCUUCUUCCUGGCCCAGAACCAUUUCAACGGGGGCUCCACCACACCAGACUGCAGCCCAGAGGCCAUACAGUCCUUGUUUCCUCGUUUGCCAGACACCAGCAGAGGAACCUCCCUUUUCGAUCGGGGGACCACAGCACCAGGACCUGAAGGGGACAAACUGAGACUGGACUCAUUUCCUUUUCUAAGUUCAGGUGCACCGUGCUAUUCAAAACCCCCGUCCCUGCUGGGCCCGUACCCUCGCAACCCACCCUUUGACUACCCCUGGGGCUUCAAUCCCUACCUCCCAGGAGCCUUCUCUCUCAACAACUGCCCCAAACUGCCCCCUGGCUCCCUCUACCCCUCCCAGUUUUACCCCAACCCCUUGCAGAGCAGCCUUUCACAGCUGCCUCACCCCUUCUCCUCCCUGCUCCCGCCUGGAGAGGCAGGUGGGGGUGAGAGGGAGCAGCGGGGCAAACUGGCGGGACAAAUGGCACAGCGGGUGGUCAGCCGGCCAGACUCUGCCUGCCGCCGUACCAAGGCAGCCUGUCGAUGGGUCGGACAGACAUUGGCAGCGGGGUGACACUGGGAGAAAGGGUGGAGCCCAAUCCUCCGGGUAUGGGGCUGAGCUUGGGCCUGGGAGCGGUCAGCUUAGGAGCCGGGACUGGGACAGACCAGCAGAGCCCCACAGAGAGAAGAGGAGGGGUGAAGCAGGACCCAGAGUCAGACUCAGACCUGGAGAUAACAGAUCUGAGCGACUGCAGCUCGGACAAUGAAAACGAGCAUGAA